GACGGCGAGAAUAUGAAACAAACAAGGAUGCUAUGGAAAAGCUCCAAGGGCUAGAGUCAACCAUUGCUUUCCUGUCCCGUUCUUUUCGGCUCCACCGUCAGAUGAUUAGUUUUCGAGCAGUAUUCGAUGCGAUAGGUAUCACUGUUACGUGGUCGUAUCAUUAAUGUCGUCCUGAAAGUCCUAUCCCCUAACUGACUAAGCUGCAUCAAUCUUGGCUUAGUGGUGCUGUGUGUUUUGUGUUCGUUUCUGAUAGAAUGCGAAAUAUGCCUCCGAAAUCCCUCGGUGAAUUGUAGAUGUGACAUUCCUGGAGGUCCUGAGAUAAGAUUUACAAGGAUUGCAAUUACGGAGCGAAAGCGCAGUGUCGCGUUUAUCAAUUUGACGGGAUUUGUUAGUGUGGAGAAGGACGUGAAUUGAUUUGAGAUUGGUUGUUGGUUUACCUUAAAAAGUUACAUUGAGUGGCAAUUUUUCUGCAGUAAAGUUACAAGGAGUCCAGUUGUAGAUACAGUGAAGAAUUUUCGUUGAAGGUGUGAUAGUUUUUAUGAGAUUUGCAAGGAGGACGUGGAUGAAGUUUGUGGAUUAUGCUGGUGUACUAUGAGAAGUAGGCGGCUGAUGCUGAAUACAUAGCAACCCCUAAACUAAGGCUAAAGGCGGAUUCCGUGUGGAAAAAAAUCUAAGCCAGUUGAGGAUUUCAUAUCAUCUUCCUAUGCUAACCGCUUCAAGUUGGAAACAUAUGAACUUGAGGGAUGCGCUCAAUUUUCAUAUAUCAACAAAUAUAGAUGUCAGUAGCGAGAAUAUAUCUAAGUAGAAUGUGGUUACUUCUGGAUUUGGUUCAAUUUUGAAUCGCAUAAAUAUUAUUAAGGGAUAGUCUCCGAAAAUAAAUUAGUUACACGUUAGGAUUUAGGAUUCAUCAUAUCAUGGACGUUUUAGCUGCAUCGUUAUUCAUGUCACUACUCCUCUCCGUGAAAUGUGUAUAUACAUCCUCCCAAGCUAACCAAGAUACAAAUCUGCAAACUACGGAGCCGGAACCAGAGUUUAUAGGGACGAUAAACAAUGUAACAUAUCCAUCUGGCCGGGAAGCAAUCCUGGCUUGCUCGGUGCGGAAUUUAGGAAAAUAUAAGGUGGGGUGGUUGCGAGCAUCCGAUCAAACUGUGUUAGCGCUGCAAGGACGCGUGGUAACUCAUAAUGCUCGCAUAAGUGUCGUUCUCGAGGACAUGCACACAUGGAAAUUAAGGAUACGACAAUUAAGGGAGUCGGACAGGGGCUGUUACAUGUGCCAAAUAAAUACAAGCCCUAUGAAGAAGCAAGUUGGAUGCAUUGACGUUCAAGUUCCUCCGGACAUUAUAAACGAAGAAUCAUCUGCAGAUCUAGCUGUGCAAGAAAGUGAAGAUGCAACACUUACCUGUCGUGCUACUGGUAAUCCUACGCCAAGGGUCACAUGGCGACGGGAAGAUGGAGAUAUGAUUUACAUCCGUAAACCAGGAAAUCGGGAAUUGACUAAAGUCGAGUCCUAUAAUGGGACAUCUUUACACCUCACACGAUUGGAGAGAAAGCAGAUGGGAGCCUAUUUGUGUAUAGCUUCGAAUGACGUCCCACCGGCUGUUAGUAAACGGGUCUCACUCAGUGUGCACUUUGCACCAAUGGUUCGAGCACCCAGUCAAUUAUUGGGUGCCCCCCUUGGAUCAGAUGUGCAAUUAGAAUGCCAGGUGGAAGCCUCACCAGCACCUGUGUCCUACUGGCUGAAAGGUGGUAGAAUUCCCCCAAAUGGAUUUGCCAGCGUAAGUAGCGGUUCAUCAGAAUCAGGUCAACCCCGACCCGAGAUGUUAUUAGAUGGUCCUAAAUAUGGCAUUAUCGAGGAACGGAAUGGUUAUCGAGGUGUAAUGCGACUGGUGGUGCGAUCGUUUUCUUCAUCAGAUGUUGGAACAUAUCAUUGUGUUAGUACGAAUUCUUUGGGAAGAGCUGAGGGUACUCUUCGUUUAUAUGAAAUAAAACUGCAUCCUGGCUCCUCGACAUCACAUGACGAUCAGAUGAACCUAAUUGGAGUUUUUCGAACAGGUCUAGCCGAAGCUGCUCAUGGGAGGGGCAAUCCAAAUUCGUCUACCACCCAGAAGUAUUCGAAUCGAUUUCACUCAGUUGCGCUACUGCUGAUUGUCGCGGCAACCAGUUGUCAAUUAUAUUUUAGAUGAUAACUUCUCGGGUGAUAAGUUAAGUUCCUUUUUGGUUUCCGUGCGAAUCCGAAUUCUGUUUAUUCUUUGGUUGUGAAGUUUAUGUUCGUUGGUUAUCUAAUUUAUUCAAUUGUUAAUUGUUCCUUUACCAGUUAUCGCUUGUCUGAUUUUAAGGAAAAUCUAGUUGUUCCUUUAUAAUGCUACGAAAGAAACAUUUUCAUAUCGGAAAAGACGCCAUCUCGGUCAGAAUCAUGGUAAUAUAAUGAACUACGAAUAAAUGUAUUACUCAUCAUCGUUUUAAGAUGCAUAUUUGAUUAAUAAUGAAAUAAAUAAAUGUAUUCAUUGAAAA